CCAAUCCAGAACCCACCGUCGGUAUCUUCAAAACCCAUCUUUAUAAUCUGUUAAAACUAUUCAUGAAUGACAGAAAAUUCAAUUGUAGGAAGCAAAAUGGGGGAGGAAGUUAUUGUUCAUCAGCAAAGAAGCUAUUGGUGGAGAUGGAGCAAACAAGAUUUCUUACCAGAAGAAUCCUUUCAAAGUUGGAGCAAUUACAGAACAGCUCUGUCACAGACAUGGUUUCGAUUCAUCGAUCGUCUUCAAAGCAGAUCAUUUGAUGAAAAUGAAAUAGGAGAGCUAAGAAAACGAAGCGAGAAUGAAAUGAAACGUUGCCUUACUUGGUGGGAUCUUACUUGGUUUGGAUUUGGUGCUGUUAUUGGUGCAGGAAUUUUUGUUCUCACAGGCCAAGAAGCUAAUGAACAUGCUGGACCAGCCAUUGUUCUUUCUUACGUAGCUUCCGGCAUUUCUGCAAUGCUCUCUGUUUUUUGCUAUACAGAGUUCGCUAUUGAAAUCCCAGUUGCUGGGGGAUCUUUUGCAUACUUAAGAAUUGAAUUGGGGGACUUCGCAGCUUUCAUUACUGCAGGCAACAUUCUCCUCGAGAGUAUUGUUGGUACCGCUGCUGUUGCUCGAUCAUGGACUUCUUACUUCACCUCACUUCUGGACCGACCCGACAAAUCUUUGCUUAUCCACACGAAUCUCAAAGAUGGAUACAAUCUUCUUGACCCUAUAGCCGUUGCGGUAUUGGCGAUUGCUGCAACUAUAGCGAUGACAAGCACGAGGAAAACUUCAUAUUUGAAUUGGAUUGCUUCAGCUAUUAAUACAGUUGUGAUUCUAUUUGUUAUAAUUGCAGGUUUUAUUCAUGCUGAUAAAUCAAAUUUGACUCCUUUUACGCCUUUUGGAGUUAAAGGCAUUUUCCAAGCUGCCGCAAUUGUUUACUUUGCUUAUGGAGGUUUUGAUAACAUUGCUACAAUGGCUGAAGAAACUAAAAAUCCAUCAAAAGACAUACCUUUGGGAUUGUUGGGAUCGAUGUCGAUUAUCACUGUGAUAUAUUGUUUGAUGGCACUGUCGCUUAGUAUGAUGCAGAAAUAUACUGAUAUAAACCCAGACGCAGCUUACUCUGUUGCUUUUGAGAGGGUUGGAAUGAAAUGGGCCAAGUAUUUGGUGGCUCUUGGUGCUUUGAAGGGGAUGACUACUGUUCUUUUGGUUGGGGCGCUCGGGCAAGCUCGGUAUACGACUCACAUUGCUCGAGCUCACAUGAUUCCUCCUUGGUUUGCUCUUGUCCAUCCAAAGACUGGAACUCCCAUCAAUGCUACACUUCUGAUUGCCAUAACAAGUGGCUGCAUUGCUUUCUUCUCUAGCUUGGAUGUUCUAGCAAGCUUGUUGUCGGUCAGCACGCUCUUCGUCUUCAUGAUGAUGGCUGUGGCACUUCUGGUAAGGAGAUAUUAUGCAAGAGGGGUCACUCCACGGCUAGAUCAGUUGAAGCUUUUCAUUCUCUUGAUACUCAUCAUUGGUUCCUCCAUGGCUACUUCUGCAUACUGGGGACUUUAUCCAAACGGUUGGAUAGGAUACGUUGUGACUGUCCCGGUUUGGUUUCUGGGGACUUUGGGGAUUGCUUUGCUUCUGCCAAUGCAAAGAAAGCCGAAAGUUUGGGGUGUGCCAUUGGUACCAUGGCUGCCAAGUUUGUCGAUUGCGACAAACAUCUUUCUCAUGGGAUCUUUAGGUCGUGAGGCUUUCGAAAGAUUUGGAAUCUGCACAUUGGUGAUGCUUAUCUAUUAUGUUUUCUUUGGUCUUCAUGCAACCUACGAUAUGGCUCAUCAACAAGAUAAGUUAGUUACCCAAAAGCAGGUUAAGGAGGAAACCCCGCCCAGUGCAGUUCCUUAGAUUCAGAACAUGGUGGAAAAUAAACUGGAUUUCAGUUCCAAGGCAAUCAACUUAUCAUACUUCAACCUGAUAUUUGUAAUCAUAUAGUUUUCUUUUUCAUUAAACAAAGCUCUACUGAAGAAAAUUAUGUAUCAAUAUCCAGUUGGUUUGAUCCUAAACCUGGUAAUGAAUUCUAGUCACUGCCUAUUGGUUCUUUCCCA